AUCAAAACUUCUGUGUCGCUGCUCAUUUGGAGAAUUUUGCGGUAAUAAACAUGAACAUAUUAUUGAAAAUAAGUAUUUUAUUUUUAUUUAUUACAUGUGCAGCUAGUUACACAGAACGAAUUCCUGUUGGUGUAAUCCUCAAAAAAGAUGAGCAUAAAGUCAUAGAGACAGUCAUCAAUUAUGUUUUAUGGAAUCAACGAACUAGUGAUGGACAAUCCCCGUUUGUGAUUGAUAUAAUCAAAGAUAUUGUCGAAAAAGAAGAUGCUGUACAUUAUCAGCAGUCUAUUUGUAGGUUGCUAAAGAAAGGAAUCACAGCUCUCCUAGCACCUAGUACUUGCUCAGUGUGUUUCUCUGUUCUGGCUACAAUUUCAAACGAAUUUAAGGUACCUUUGAUAAUUCAAGAACUGCCCGAAUUUCCCUUGGAUGUAUCGCCUAAAUAUGCUGUUGGAAUUCGUCCUGGUACUACAAGAGCCAUCCUUGAUCUGGUUCGAUAUUACCAUUGGCAAGAUAUUGUUUAUAUAUAUGACCACGAUUAUGGUCCAGAAAAUCUUCAUUUUAUGUAUGCGCUUGGCUAUCGAUCAUUAAAAUUUCAACUUACUGGAAUUUUGAAGGUGUCUUCCUCGGAAGAUGCCAAUAAAUAUCUUCGAAAACUAGAUACUCCAGAGAAACAUAGGCUUAUUCGAGUUAUACUUGACACCGAAACUGCUCUAGCCCGAGAUAUCCUUUUAAGACAUGUUCAUGAUGUUCAUGUACGAAAGAGGAAUUUUCAUUUUAUCCUGUCGAAGCCUACCUUGGAAGAAUUCUGGAUUUCUCAAAGAGCAGAGUUAGGAGCAUUAAACGUUACUGGAUUUCUGGCUGUUAACCCAAAGCAAAGUGAAGUAAUGAACUUUGAAGAAGGAUGGAAGCAUCAGCUUUCUAAUAUGGCAGACACGAGUUUAAACAUGAAUAUUUCAGCAUAUUAUUACCACGAUUCUGUCCGAGUUCUUCUAAAAAGUUUAGCGUCUAUUAUUAAAUCAACGCGGUUUCAGCGAUUUGUGAAAGGAGAGCCUCGAGACUGUCUUCAAAUCCCUCCAACACCUCUUCCUGGUGGUGAAACUUUAGCUGAAUUUUUUAAACGAGGAAUUAUAAAUGAUGGAGUAACAGGCAAAAUUCAGUUUGAUGAUUCCGAGGAGCUAAUUAAAGGCGAACGAAAAAAUUUGUCAAUGGUUAUUGUUGAAUCCGCAAUUUCUGGUUACAAAAUAAUUGGAUCCUGGACUGGAAGACGAAUGUUUUGGUCAUCUGCAAGCCCAAACCUUCCAAAAGCUUUACCGCAGAUCAAUGAGAAGCAAAAACUUCGAAUUACAACUCUAAUUAACCCACCUUUUAUGAUGUACAAGACUGAAGAAAACAAAACAGGAAAUGAUCAGUUUGAAGGAUACUGUAAAGAUUUGAUUGAUAUGUUAGCGAAUGAGCUGUCUUUUGAGUACGACCUAAAGUUGGUUCCAGAUGGCCAGUAUGGCAGCUAUGAAGAAUCAGAAGGAAGAUGGAGUGGAAUGAUAGGAGAAUUAAUUCAAGGUAAAGCCGAUUUAGCUGUUGCUGAUUUGAUUAUCACAGGACAACGACAGCGCGUUGUGCAAUUUACCGAUCCUUUUGAAAUGGCUGCGUUUAGUUUAAUAUUGAAGAAUCCUCAUGCUGUUCCCUCUUCUUCAGCGUAUUUCAUUUUAAAUGCCUUUUCACCAAACGUUUGGAUCUGCAUCUUUGCAGCUUUCAUUCUCUUCGCUUUGCUGUUUCACGGUAUAACAAAAUUUACAGGAGCUCCUGAUAGUAUCGAAUCAGCCUCCGGAAUUUGGGGAAGAAAGCUAACAAUCAUUGCGAAUGUGUGGUUUACAGUAGGUAGUUCUGUGAUGCAAGAUACAGGUGUUUAUCCAAGGUAUUCAUUUUUAAAAAACAUUUUACUUUAUUUUUGUAAAUUAAUUUAUUAUUUCAAGUUAUUUUGUUCAAGUUAUAUUUAUACAUGUGUUAUAAUUUGUUUUACAAAGUAUGUAAUAAUGUGUUAUUUGUUUGUGUAGCUGAUAAAUCUCACC